GUGUUUAUUUUCUACGAAAGCUGACGAGAAAACUCAAAAUUCCCAAAUAAAAUUAUUGAAAUUCGGCUUUAGAUAACCGUGGUCAGCGAUGGAUUUCGUCCAGGAGGCCGUCUUCCUGGGCGUCGAUGUCCUGAUACUGGGUCUCUGCUUCAAAGAGUACUAUCACUGUAAGAAAAUCAGCUCAGCACUGAAGGACGCCCCGCAAUUAGCCAUUGACGAGACGCUUCCGGAGAGGUUGAAACGGACCGACAACAAGAUCAAGUAUGGGGUCAUUCGGGGGACGGUUACCCCCAUCGGGACUCCGCUGAAAUGCGUCAUGUCCCCGUCGGUGACCGGCGUUCUGCAGAUUAUGAAGUUGAAUGAGCACAGAGUUGCCCGUGGAUUUGCCGGUUUUUGGGCGGAGCAGAGGAAGCUCAUCCACAUUUCGUGCAACGAAGUACCGUUCAAGCUAACCAACGGCAAGUUGGGAGUGGAAAUCGUGGAUGGUCUUUCAGCGGAAAUUCUCGAUAUGGAUACCGUGUACGACAAUUACGAACCGUCCAGUUUGUCUUUCUUUGAUCACAUCUUUGGAUUCUUCUCCGGAGUUCGCCAGAAGGGAAUGCAAACAACCGAGGAGGUUCUUAGGGAUGGAAGUUUUAUAACGGCUGUUGGUGAAAUCGAACUGGAUGGGAAUACGCUACGGUUGCAGCCAUCUUCGGUGGCACCGAUGUUCCUGACAACAGCCACGAGGAAUACGCUGUUGAAAAAGUUCGAAGAAGCCAAAUCUUCCAUGCUGUUCAAGGUGAUCGUUUGCGGAACGAUAUCGGCCGUUCUGGUGGGGCUAAUCACCCGGAAGAUCUACAAGCGCAAAAAGAUGGAAUGGGAGGAGCAAAGGUUACGGGAAAAGCUGGAAAAGUCCCGCGUCCAGCGACGAGCUUUGGCACGGCAGCAGGUCUUCAACGACGAGCAACGGUGUGUAGUGUGCGUAGAUAAUCCAAAGGAAGUGAUUUGCUUGCCCUGCGGUCACGUGUGUCUCUGCGAAAACUGUGCGGAAAAAAUUAGACUCAACUGUCCCGUGUGUAGAUCGAAAAUCGAAUCCAAAGCGGCCGCAUUUAUCACCUAA